CGCGCGGCCAAGCCGGCUCGGCGCCAAAAUCAGCUCGCCAGUCGCGCUUUCCGGUCGGUGUUUUAUAAAUACUGCAGACAGUCGAAGAGUGCAGCGAACACGGUAGUUGCUGUAAAAUCACGAAUCCCGACGGACAAAGUUGUUGCCUGUUGCGCGAUCUGAUCUAACCCCGAUAGAAUAAAAAAGAAAACCCUCAAAGUUUCGUUUAACGUUAUAAAAUUAUUAUAUCGUGAAGUUGAAGAAAAGGUGUUUGGCUAGCGGUGGUAGUGGUGACAUUUUCAUGGAUUAAUUGUGUCUCGGAUUCGUAAGCGAAUUCUUGGAACGAAGUGCCAAAGUGUACAGUGUGUACACGUGUGUGUGUGUGCGAGUGGGUGAACGAAAGUUGGGAAAGAACACUCUUGGUGAAUAGUAUUCGAGAAAAGUGAUAAGAAACCCGUGUUUCGGGGAAGUUUGAUAAGAAAUGAUAGAGUGAUCCUACUAUAAGCUGCAACUGUUCCCCAACGAGAACAUCGUUUUGUCGAGUUUUAUUUUUUGGUACGAUUAUAUUCAGGGUUCAUCGACGUUUUUGCAAAAUCGAAUGGCUGAUCACAACGAGCUAGUGGAAGUCCAAUGAUCAUCGUUCACCACGAAAUGACAAAAUGUGAAUAUCUCUGCGUUAAUCAAAACGGAUUGUUAAGCUCAUUUUCGACUUUUGGCUUCCGCUCGAGCCCGUGGCACACGAUUGACUACCGUCUGUCAGAAUGAGCUUAAUGAAGAAGGCGAUCGGCGGCUCCAUUCACAGGAUACGCGAAUUCGAGCUCGAGAAGGUGAAUCUGAUCGACGAGUUCGAUAUCCUGCAAAUCGUCGGCGAGGGAUGGUUCGGCAAGAUUUUGCUCACCGAACAUCGAAGCACCCAGACGGAGAUGGUGCUGAAGGCGCUACCGAAGGCGUACACCGGGAUAUCGGACUUCUUUCGGGAAUUCCAUUACGGGUUACACCUGGCGGCCCACAGGAACAUCAUCACCACCUACGACGUGGCCUUCGAGACCGCUGGAUUCUACGUUUUCAGUCAAGAAUACGCUCCCCUUGGAGACUUAACGUCCAACGUGACAGAGACGGGUUUAGGCGAGCUGCACGCGAAGAGGGUGGCCCGACAACUGGCUGCAGCGGUGCAUCACAUCCACAGCCGCGAAUUGGUGCAUCGUGACAUCAAGCUCGACAACAUCCUCGUGUUCAAGAGCGAUUUCUCGAGGAUCAAACUGUGUGAUUUUGGCGAGACCAGGCGGGUUAACACUGUGGUGCGAAGGCACAACGAGUGGCUUCCGUACUCGCCGCCUGAGGUAUUGCAGAUCGACACUGACGAGACGUACAAAGCUCUCACGUCGCACGAUGUCUGGCAAUUCGGCAUUGUCCUAUUUGUCUGUCUGACCGGAUGCUUACCGUGGCAGAAGGCGGCGUUGGACGACCCGCGUUACACCAGAUAUCAAAACUGGCACAACGCGACGUUGAACAUAGCCAAGAAACCGAAAUUAUUUCAGCUGAUCAGCUCACGGGCGCAGAGGAUGUUCAAGCGUCUACUGGAUCCAAAGGCGGAGAAGAGGCCCGUCAGCGUGCUGGAGGUAAACAAAUACCUGGAGGACAGGUGGUUAGCGAAACUGGGUGUGGAGAAGGCGAUGAACGGUGGCGCCGACGAGAGGGACGAGUUGUGCCCAUCGAUGUACAGCUUCCACAGUUCCUUGGAGGAGAAGAACCAGCUCCUUCACACUCUGACCACGUACGGUAUCGAAACCACGGUUGACAGGGCGAAGAAAAAGGACCGUAUCAGGGAAUGGAUCCAAGCGAGCGCGAUAGUCGAGGAGUACGAAGAGGACGAGUCGGAUUUGAACGAGGACAUCCGUUUCUACGAGGACGAGGACGAAGAACCGAGUUCCAUGAAGGGCAGACACUUCCCGGAGACUCGUCCGAUCGCCAAAAACGAAUCGAAAAGACACAGGCACAGAACGAACGCAUCGACAGCUAGGAAGAGACAAUCCGUCAAACCUACCGAGAGGAAAAUUCCGUUCGCCCCUCAGGUAGCCGAGGAACGACAGACGAUCGCAAGAUUCGCCAGUUUUCCCAACGGUGACCCUAAUCUAGCGGUGCUGAAGAACGGUACCAAUGGUAACCCGGUCUCCGCCAGGUUACCCUUGAAAAUCGAUUCCAACUCGGAGGAAACGAGGCCCGUCGGCAACGCUAACGGGCAGCUGAAUAAUUCGAAGAGUUUGAACGUCUCUCGAGACGAAUCGUUAGCCACGAGCGGCUUCAAGUCCAACUUACCCAUCCAGGAAACGGUUCCCGAACUCGCCAACUCUCUGGACGUUCAAGAUCAGAGUUCGAACGCGGCAACGGGCGGAGGGGAUCGAAGUUUGCCGAGGAGCCCGCAGAUACCGGCUAGAAAGCAUCGCUCGCAAACUGCCCCGUUUCCGGCGCCGACGUCGCCCGUGCUGAACGGAAGUCGUGCCGAGUCCGCCAAGAGGAGCCAGUCGACCACGGUACUGGCCACCGGGCAGACGGACAGAUCGACCCCGACGAUCCAUCGAUCGACCGACAGGUCAACCGCGAUGGCGAACCAAUCGAACGGGCAAUCGUCGACGGCAACGACGAUGGCUCGGGGCGAAAGGUCGACCCCACAGGCGGAGAAUCGAUCCGCGGCGCAAUCAAUGUCUCGAGUAGAAAAUCAAUCCACGGUAAUGCUGCCGGCGACGGCUCGAGUGGAGAAUCAAUCGAGUAACGCUUUGCAGCUGGCCAGGAACGAGAAAUCCGCGACCGGGCUAGUUCCCCUGGCGGCCACAAAUCCGCUGACGAUGUCGGUCGCCUCUCAUCUCGUGAUGCAGAGCUUCAACGCAUUACAGGGCAUCAACGCGACCGUCAACGAUGCUGGUACUCCAGUAAAUUCGACUUCGAAUUUGCCCCCCUCGUCAAGGAACAGUCCGAACUCCAACCACAGCAAGAUGUCCACACCGAAGAACAGUCCCACAACUACUCCCGUAAGAACGUCCACGCCACCGAAGCACAAGUUGAAUCAACGAGCCGAGGAGACGGUGUUUUAUGGGAAAGAUCCAUUCGAACAUUACGGUAUCGCCCAGGGAGCGAUCAUGAGGGGUGAGAAUGCUAGACGAGGCUCGCUUGAAAGCGGCAGCAGAUCCGCUAGCAACUGAACGCUCCUGUUUGAUUUUGGUAUUGCACCAGGAUUUAUGUAAAUGUUGAAUAGUGACGAUUGGAUGUUGGAUACGAUAUACGUACAUCGUGUUCUGGUUUGAUAACGGUUUCUGCGGGUUAGCUUUGAGCGGAUGGAAAAUGGAUGUUGCUAAUUAGGAUCCGCUUUUUCUGCUACAUCUGAAAAGAAAUUAAAUAUAUGGUUAGUAUAGGUGGAAUAAAUGAAAUGUUCUUGGA